AUGGCCACCGCCGACGAGCAGCAGCCCCACGCUCAGCAUGAGGACAGGCUCGCACGAUGCGGCUCGCCCUCCCCGGAUACCGUGCCUACCCCGGCCAUCGGAGCCUGUCCUCAGCUGUCCCACCGCGUCUCCACGGCCUCCUUUACAUCUCGCACCUCCAGUGCUACCACCACCACCUCGAGAAACUCGUCCAUGGGCAGCGACAUGACGACGCCGCGCAGUCACUCACGCCCUCGCCGCCAUGAGUCCAAGUCCAAACGGAGGGGCUACAUGCGGCCCCAGGCCACCGACUUUGCUGCCAGCGCCAAGUCUCACGAGAGCGUCAUGAACCUCGGCAGCAUAGCCCAUCUUCAGUAUUACUUUGCCCGCACCGGAUUGCUCGACGGAAAGGGCGGGCAGCUUGCUCGCAAGAAGGCAAAGCAUGGCCCUGCCCUCAACAUGUCGGACCUCGACGCCGUCUCCGGCGACCCCAACGCCGUCAACCCCGAUGCCGACUCGUCCUACGCUUCCAUGGGCAGCAGCCCGGAUGUGGCCACGGCCGACGGCUUCGUCAACGGGGACCGGCCCGACGCCAUGGACGACGCCACGGACGACGAGUACGACGGCGAGUCCAGUUCCUCCGAGUCCGAGGCCGACAUGCUCCCUCCGACCGUCAGCACCUAUCAGCACAGGGAAAAGGUGGUGCCCAAGCCGCCCACCAUUGACGAGCUCAGGGAGGAUCUGCAAUCGAGCCUCACCGAUGCCGCCAAGGCCCUCGACGAGGUCCGCCAGCGAAAGGCCGGCACGUUUGUGAACCCCCCGGAUGCGGUCACCCUGCCCAACAUGCCCGACGAGAAUACGCAGAACUGGUACGAACUUCAGGGAAUGCACAUACUCGACAUGUCCACGCUAGCCAUCCGUGCGGCCAAGAUUUACUACACGGCCCACGAGCUGCCCCACCGCCUCGAUGCCAUCAAGUCGGAGAAGCAGGUCCGUGCCGACCUGCUCGCCGUCAUGGACGUGCUCCGGCAGAUGGCCACGCGCAACUUCAAGGACGGCAUGCGGGAUGAUGAGCUCAGCGUCAUCAGCGGAUGGACCGACAGCGUCUUCGACAUCCUCAGACAGGAGGACGAGAUCGAGGCGGCCGAGAGGGCCGAGCAGGCAGGCUGGGCCUGGCUAGACGGAGACUGGACAGGCCGCGAGAUGGAGCGCGAGAGAGCCUUCCUCACGUCCAUGGACCCCGAGGUCGAGGCCCUGCCCGAGUGGACCGCCAUGGCCGAGGAUGCCGAGACGCCCACGCCCUUCCUCACGGCCCUGUCCAACGGUGUCCAGCUCGUCAAGCUGCACAACGCCGUCGUCAAGAAGUCGAGGGGGCGCUUCGGUGCCAUCCCCAAGUUCCACACAGACACGCAGAAGCCGUACCGGUGCGCCGACAACCUGCGCUACUGGGUCAAGGGCGCCGAGCUGCGCUUCGAAGUGCUCAUCCCCUUUGACGUCAUGGGCGUCGUGGCCGACACGGGGCCCGAGGCCUGGAAGGGUUUCGAGGCGUCCAUUGUCAAGUGGUGCCGCCACGUCCGCGAGGAGAUUGCCAGAGAGCUGGGGCGGUGA